CUCCUGCUUCGUAGGCAGACUCUUUACCGCUGAGCUUCCAGGGAAGCCACGAGAAAAUCCCGGGGCAAUUCAUAUACACAGGAAAGUUUGAAGUACACUUUUCUGGAUAGUUAUUUUAUCCCUUUAAGGGCUAAUUAUUACAUGAUUUUAACUAUUUUGGCUAAAACUGUCCUCAGAAGUGUUUCCAUAUAAGUGAAGUGUUAACUAUAUCUAGUUACCAAUGAACAGCUUGAACAUGAAGUGCUGUGGAGAGAGGCCUGGAGUAGUCAAGACAGCCAUUUGUAAAAAUGGGUAGCGUAGGCCUAGGAGAAUGAACUGUCUGCAGUGUGUUCAGAGGACAGUGAGACCGUGUGGAGUGAGUAAUGAAUCCUGAAAAAGAGCCAGAGGUCGGAUUAUGGGAGAUCUCUCCUGCUGCCGUGUGAAAGUGAUGGUUCCUCCACUGCCCCCAGGGGAAAGUUUGCUGAAGGAUUUGAAACCAGCAAGUAACAUGGCCUGACUUCUUCUUUUUUUUUUUUUUAAAAAAAACAAACAAAAAAACACUUUGGAGAGGUCAUAGAGGACCUCUGUGGAUUGGAAGAGGAGAGGCCAAAGGCAACAAGACCAAUUAGGAAGCAGCUGUGACAGUUAAGAUACUUUUGCCAUAUGAAGUUGAACAUGGCAGAAGAGGAGGACUAUAUGUCUGAUUCCUUCAUUAAUGUCCAAGACGAUAUCAGACCAGGCUUGCCAAUGCUGAGGCAAAUCCGGGAAGCCCGUCGAAAAGAAGAAAAGCGACAGGAAGCGAAUCUGAAAAACAGACAGAAGAGUAUAAAAGAAGAAGAACAAGAGAGACGUGACACGGGGUUGAAGAACGCACUCGGCUGUGAAAACAAAGGGUUUGCUCUGCUUCAGAAGAUGGGGUAUAAAAGCGGUCAGGCCCUCGGCAAGAGCGGAGAUGGUAUUGUUGAACCAAUUCCUCUCAAUGUCAAAACAGGGAAAAGUGGCAUUGGUCAUGAGACAUUGUUAAAACGGAAAGCAGAGGAAAAAUUGGAAAGCUACAGAAGAAAGAUUCACAUGAAAAGCCAAGCUGAAGAAAGAGCAGCAGAACAGUUUCGGAUUCGACUUAAAAAUAAGCAAGACGAAAUGAAGCUAGAAGGAGAUCUUAGAAGAAGUCAGAGAGCUUGUCAACAAUUGGAUGCUCAGAAGAAUAUUCAAGUUCCCAGGGAGGCAUGGUACUGGUUGAGGCCUGAAGAGGAAACUGAAGAAGAGGCAGAGGAAGAAAAAGAGCAAGAUGAAGAUGAAUAUAAGAGUGAAGAUUUAAGUGUACUGGAAAAAUUACAAAUACUGACUAGUUAUUUAAGAGAAGAACAUCUGUAUUGUAUUUGGUGUGGAACAGCCUAUGAAGAUAAAGAAGACCUGUCUUCAAAUUGUCCAGGACCAACUUCUGCAGAUCAUGACUAAGAUUAUUCUCAAUAAAGUGGAAGCGUGGCAAAUGUUCUUGUUUCCUAAAGACAGAUAGCUGGGCAGUUAGAAUUCCCAAAUUUUUGAUACCGGUAAAGAAAGGGGACUUCAUGUGUUUUGUUCUUUUUGUACAUUAGAAGUUCUUUGUACUUUAGAAUAUAAUUCUUUACUAACUUGAACAUAUAAUGGAAAGCCAUUGCAGAGCACAAGUAUUACAGACACCAGCAAUUACAGUUCAUGACUCUGUCAUGACGUUUAUGGGGUUAAAGGACACCAGCUCUCUUAUUCCCCUUUUCACUUUGGAACAAAUUGAGACAUGAGACGUGGGAGUUUGAGAUCAAAAUAUCAGCUUUAUUACUAACGGAAUGAAGAGCUACUUGACUUCUUCUCCAGUCACACUCCCUGUGAGAUCUCCCUGCUUAGAGAGAACUGCAGACCUUGCCUCAGAGGGAGGAAGGAUAGAGCCCGUCUUAGCUGUCGAGGUGAGAGAACCAACCCUCAAGGCGAAGAGGAGAGGCACACCUCCUCAGCUCCUUUUCCCAAAACCACUCAUCAGGAGAGAUACAGCUCUGCUGAGAAGGGAUGAAUACAGGCUCACAGAACUUCUUCCCACAAUUCUGUCUUCCAAGGAGCAAGAAGAGGUUCCCUUCCCUGCAUGCAAGCAUGAGGAGGAGGCGAAAAGUAUCCCCCUCAAUGAGAGUAAUUUCAGAGGCAAGGUUCCAUUAAUAGUACUUAAUUCUAAUGAGUUUUAGAGACAAAGUAAUUAUGAUAUUCCAUAAAAUCAUGAGUUUUCAUGGCAAUGUGUGUAUCCAUUAUGAGUGAACUAUUGCAAGUUUUGGCUAAAGAAACAAUAGUUGGGAGUAACUUGAAACAUCAGGUGAUCCAAAUUCUUAAUUGUUUGACAACAUUCCCAGCAGGUGGUAAUCCUACCUCUACCUUGAUUUGUCCAGCCGCAGAGAGCUCACUGCCUUAAAAGAGCUGGGUAGCACUAAGUCAUUUUUAAAGUUAUUUUUCUGUCUUAAGCUGAAUUCUGCUUCCCUAUAACUUAACCAAAUACAGCUAAAGACAUACCAUGUGGCACAUUCCUAGAGAGCUCCAUGUAAGUUUGGGCAUCAAAAUUAUGAACUUUUUUUAAAAGUUCCCAAGCUCAGAUACUACCCUUAGUGACUUAAUUCAGCUAGUCUAGGAUAGUUUCUAGAUAUCUAUUUAUUUUAAAGUUCUGAGUUUGAUUAUCACCUGUAGAUAAGAACUCGUUCUCUAGGUUAAACCAGAGCACAGCUGUUCUUUGGAUCAAGUUGUGCCCUUACCUGUACAGUUUCACAGCUCACCUUUCUGAAGCACUGAGCAAGAGAUCAGCCUCUUACUAUAAACAGCAUACUUGAGAACACAGCCGAAGCUAACCUACACUUAGCCAAAUUAAGAUUAUCAAUAGUAUGAGUUGUAUUAAUAUGACCUAAUUAACUUGUCCUCGAGUUUAACUUGGAGAGCUUUAAAAAAAAUGAUAGUACAAAGAUUAUCAUACUUCCAGAAAGUCUAUAUAAUUGAUCCCUCUGGUCUGUGCACCACUACCCUUGAUACCAACAUGCAGUAGAGCUUGAAAACCUAGUCAACGUCUGGGCCUCAGUUCUUCAUCUAGAAACUGAAUUAUUAUUUUUAUGAGUAUAAAUACAUAUGUAAAAUAUUGGAGCUUAUAUAGUUGGACAAUACUGUUUGAUACUUUUUUCAUGUAAAAAAUAAUAACAUUGUAUUAACAGAUAAAA